AUGACAAGACAGUUCGCCCUCAACUCCACAACCACCGAUUACCCAACUAGCCAUACCAAGAGUGGUACUGAGCCAUACUUGACUCCGUUGUUCAUCAACAACGAGUUCAGAGUCUCCAAAGCCACGGAAUGGUAUGAUAUCCACGACCCAGCAACUGACAUUGUUAUCUCCAAGUGUCCACAGACCACUGCCGAGGAGUUGGAAGAAGCGAUCACCAACGCCCACGAGGCAUUCAAGUCUUGGAAGAAGGUGUCCAUCAUGAGAAGACAACAGAUCAUCUUCAAGUAUGUGGAGUUGAUCAAGAAGAACCACGACAGAUUGGCUGCAGUGAUUGUUGCAGAACAAGGUAAGACAUUCGAUGACGCCAAGGGUGAUGUCUUGAGAGGUUUACAAGUUGCAGAGUACGCAACAAGUGUUACCACGCAGCUACAAGGGCAACAGUUGGAAGUUGCUACUGAUAUGGACACCUUGAUGAUCCGUGAGCCAUUGGGAGUGGUUGCCGCAAUCUGUCCAUUCAACUUCCCUGCCAUGAUCCCAUUGUGGACAAUCCCAAUGGUUUUAGCCACUGGUAACACGGCAGUUAUUAAACCUUCUGAGCGUGAUCCAGGCUGUUGCUCGGUAUUGGCAGAAUUGCUUGUCGAGGCUGGUGUCCCACCUGGUGUUAUCAACUUGGUUCAAGGUAAAGUUGACACUGUCAACACCUUGAUCAAACAUCCAUUGGUCAAAGCAGUGCAAUUUGUGGGGUCUUCAACUGCUGGUGAUUACAUUUACAAGACCUCUAUCGCACACGGUAAGAGAGCACAGUGCAAUGAAGCUGCAAAGAACCACGUUGUCGUUUUGCCAGAUGCCAACAAGGCCCAAUUCAUCAAUGCCACUGUUGGUGCAUUUGCCGGUGCAGCUGGUCAAAGAUGUAUGGCUGCAUCUGUCUUGGUUACCGUUGGUGAGACAAAAGAGUGGAUUGAUGAUUUGAUUGAGGCCUCAAAGCAGCUGAAGACAGGUUCUGGGUUUGACAAGGGUUCUCAUUUGGGUCCAUUGAUCUCCAAAGCUGCUUUAGAACGCUCCCACAAGAUCAUCGAACAGGGUGUGAAACAAGGUGCUAAGGUUGUUCUCGAUGGACGUGAUAUCAAAGUUGAGGGCUUCCCUGACGGAUACUUUUUGGGCCCAACCAUCUUGACUGGUGCGACACCUGGAAACAUUGCAUACGACGAGGAGAUCUUUGCCCCAGUGUUGUGUGUUAUCAACGUUGAUACAUUGGAUGAGGCGAUCGAGCUCGUCAACAGCAACCAAUACGGUAACGGUGUUGCUUUGUUCACCACCUCAGGUAUCUAUGCUAAGAAGUUCGUCAAGGAGAUAGAGCCGGGUCAGGUUGGUAUCAACGUUCCAAUCCCAGUACCAUUGCCAAUGUUCUCCUUCACAGGUAGUAAAGGUUCCUUCCAGGGAGAUUUGAACUUCUACGGUCAGGCUGGUUUGACUUUCUUGACAAAGCCAAAGACCAUUACAAGCUUGUGGAAGACGUCCUUGGUGGAGGAAACAAAACCAUCGACAUCCAUGCCAACUCAAAACUAA